CGCCAUUUCUUUUGUGUAUGUAUGCUGUGAAAGUUUUUGGCGCCGGCUCUGUGCGGUGUGGAGGAAUAAACACAAACCUUUCACACCUCUUACUGCGCAUGUUCUGACCAGCGAUACUGCAGCUGUUGUUUUUAAUGUAUUGUUCUCUUUAGUUUAUCUGAUUUCACUGUCACGGCGAGUAAUUGUAGAAGAAGAUGAUGAAUUAUUCCGACUACGACUCGGAGGAUUAUUCUUCAAAUGAAGAUGAAGACUAUGUUCCCUCUGAUGACAACCUGAGUGAAGAUGACUUAAAUGAGUGUGAAAAGGAAGAUGACCUGGAUGCAGAGGACCAACGCCAAGCACCGAGUGAGCAGGUCACAAAGAAAAAGAAGUCAAGCAAAGGACUUUCUGCAAGGAAAAGGAAAAAAGGAGGAUUGAAGCUAGAAGGAGAUGAUGAUGGUGGCACAUUCAAACAGAAAGAGGAGGAACUAAAUCUACCUGAAGAAAAGUCAGUAGCAGAAUCCACCACAGAUAAAGGGCAUGAGCAGAAGAAAAAGGCGGACGAUCUUUGGGCUAGUUUUUUAAGUGAUGUCGGCCAGAGACCAAAAGCUGAGGCUCCAGCCUCAGGACAGAUCACAGCCGUUUCGGACGAAGUUAGUAAAUCCAGCGCAGAGUCUUCACAGAAAGAACCGAAUGCUACAGAGGCCUCCAAAAUCACAAUAACAAAAGUGUAUGACUUUGCAGGAGAAGAAGUUCGGGUUACUAAAGAGGUGGAUGCUGACUCACGGGAGGCUAAAACCUUUCUCAAAAAGGAAGAGAAGGAAGGGGUGCAGCAGACUUCUGUGUGUAAAGCUUCAGCUGAAUCCUCGCUCACUGCUGGGCCCAGCGUGAAGAGACCAGCGGGGAUGGGCAGCGUCCUGAGCCGCAUUGGAGCAAAAAAGCCUAAAAUGAGCACCCUGGAGAAGUCCAAGCUGGACUGGGACUCGUUCAAAUCAGAUGAGGGCAUCACUGAAGAGCUGGCCAUUCAUAAUCGAGGGAAAGAAGGGUAUUUGGAGAGGAAGAACUUUUUGGAGAGGGUGGACCAGAGGCAGUUUGAGCUGGAGAAGAACGUUCGCCUUAGCAACAUGAAACGAUGACCGCAGUGGACAAAGUGUAUCCAGUGACAUGUAUACGCAACAACAUGGACUAUUCUCUCUGUGUUCUGUGGCUCCUUUCUGCCUCUGAGCUCAGAUUUAAGUCCAUCAUUCACUGGCUGGUCUUGUCUUCUGUACACUGAACUGAUUCAAGAGGAAACAAUAGUGAAAAAAUGACGACGAUAGAUUCUGGUGAGAAGAAACCAAAUACGUGUAGUAUUGUGUAUUAGAUCAGCCAAGACAUGUUUGAUGUUCACAUUUUGCUUACCAUUGUCAGAUAUUUAUAUAUCUGUCCUGCAGCCCACAGCUUUAUACAAUUACAAAUAGUUCAUCUGCUCACUGCAGUUUAUGCUGCUGGCAAAAUAAAUUUCUUGUCAUGUGACUAUUUUAUGGGGUUUUUUUUCUUGGAAAUCCUCUGAUAUUAGGAGGUUUUUUUAUUAUUAAAAUGUCUGUUUUCUAGAGUUGAUUCUUUAUAAAUAAUGCAUCUUGGCUAAUAAUUGACAUGGUUUGAGACAUUUUUGUCAUAAUGUCAGUAUGCAGUUAUAAAUCAGUGCAAAUUACAGCCCCAGUACAAAACUAAUCAAAACAAAAAUUUGAACACAAAAUGUCUUGACUGCAGUUCAUGCAAACAGCUUCCCAUCACGUAAAAACACAAAGGUCACACAGCCAUCACUGGCACAAAAGUUGUUAUCCGUCAAUGUCUCUGCAGAGCUUCAUGCUUUCCUUGGGUAAUGCACAGGAUUCGGUACAGGCCACUACCUGAUCUGUGUGGUGGAAGAGAAAAGAUACUAAACUGCUGGCAGGGUGACUAAAGCUGAGAUGUGUUGAGAGACGAGAUUUGUUGAAGGAGGUCUUUAGUGCACAGUUUUUACACAGGCUGUAAUUAUUAGACUUUAAUAUUAGCCACUGUCUUGUAAGACUCUGCAUUCUUGUUCAUUAACUCAUCUGGUGUUUAUAGCCUUUUAUGAGGUGAGUCAAGCGUGUUACUGAAUGGAAACCAUUAAAAUACACAGUGCAUUGGGUUCACAGGACAAAGAGCAGGGAUCCCCAUUGACUUUCACUCUCCAGCGUGAAUAAAAGAUCAGUCACAGCUCAAAAUGUAAAAGCUACUUACAGUCCAGGACAUUCCGGGCUCCUUUCAGGAUAAAUAAAGCAGUAAUGUAUGUAUUUUUAUUUGUUUCUAUAUGCAUGUUGUUUCUAUUUUGACAGUUUGACUUGGUAAAGUUGGAUCUCUUGUGCUAUAAAGGUACAGUAUUUGAAAAUAAAUCUGAUCAUCUGG